CCCACCCCUCUCCCCUCCCUCCAAUUUCUCCUUCCUCCCGUUCCCCGGUCCCUCGGCCGGGCGAGGCGAGGCAGGAGCGGCUGCUCCCGGCGCCCAACCCGGCACCUUCGGGGAUGCGGCAGCGGCCCCCGCGCCCCGGAGCUCUGCCCCUGGGAUUGCUGCCCGGCUGAGGGGGCUCCGCGGGGUACCAUGAGCGGCGGCAGGUUUGAUUUCGAUGAUGGAGGCGCCUAUUGCGGGGGCUGGGAAGGGGGCAAAGCCCACGGGCACGGCAUCUGCACCGGCCCCAAGGGCCAGGGCGAGUACUCGGGCUCCUGGAACUACGGCUUCGAAGUGGUGGGCAUAUACACGUGGCCCAGCGGCAACACCUAUGAAGGCUACUGGUCCCAAGGCAAGAGGCAUGGCCUCGGAAUCGAGACCAAAGGACGGUGGGUUUACAGAGGCGAGUGGACCCAUGGCUUUAAGGGACGGUACGGUGCGAGGCAGAGCAUGAGCAGCGGAGCUAAGUAUGAAGGUACCUGGAAUAACGGCCUGCAGGAUGGCUACGGCACCGAGACGUACGCUGACGGAGGCACGUACCAGGGCCAGUUCACCAACGGCAUGCGGCACGGCUACGGCGUGCGGCAGAGCGUGCCCUACGGCAUGGCCUCCGUGGUGCGCUCACCACUGCGCACCUCCCUGUCCUCCCUGCGGAGCGAGCACAGCAACGGCACCCUGCCCCAGCAGGACUCCCCCGCCGCCAACCCCGAGAGCCUGCCCCUCUCGCCCACCAUCACCCGUGGGGGAUUUGCCCUCAGCCUCUAUGCUGAGGCGGAGGCUGGCAAGCCCAAGAAGGGGGGGCUCUUCCGCAGGGGCUCCUUGCUGGGAAAGCUGAAGAAGUCUGAGUCCAAGUCAUCCCUGGCCAGUCAGAAGAGCCGAGUCAGCUUCCUCAAGAGCGAGAGCGGGAUCAGCUCAGCUGCCAGUGAUGCCACCUCCACUGUUAGCCUGGGUGAAGGUGCCGAGGGCGAGGAGUACCCCCCCUUCGAGUCUGAUAUUGAUGCCACCACCACGGAGACCUACAUGGGCGAGUGGAAGAACGACAAGCGUGCCGGCUUUGGCGUCAGCGAGCGCUCCAGCGGCCUGAAGUAUGAGGGCGAGUGGCUGGACAACCUGCGGCACGGCUACGGCUGCACCACGCUGCCUGAUGGCAAGAAGGAGGAGGGCAAGUAUCGCCACAAUGUCCUCGUCAAGGGCAUGAAGAAGCGUGUGAUACCUCUCAAGAGUGCCAAGAUCCGGCAGAAGGUGGACAGGAGCGUGGAGGGGGCUCAGAGGGCCGCGGCCAUUGCCCGACAGAAGUCGGAGAUUGCGGCAUCCAGGACAGCUCAUGCCAAAGCCAAAGCUGAAGGGUCUGAGCAGGCAGCUCAGGCAGCUAACAACGAAUCGGGUAUAGCCAGAAUGAUGGCCAGGGAGCUCUCCCCAGACUUCUACCAGCCAGGUAGGACCAGAGAUAUUCCCAGCUGUUCAGUGGUGGAUUUUGCUCAGCCGGCCUCCCAGCAUGAUGGAGAUCUUCAGUGUCAGGCUCUGGCUGACUUCCCCAGACGCCCUGCACCCUCGGAGGGUGAGGGCCGGCCGGCCUCGCGGGGCCGGGGGCGUCCUGCCGAGCAGAUGGAGAUCGGGCCGCUGCAAAGGAUGGCACGUGAGCCCGACGUCGAGCUCUUCAAGGGCUACCACAGCUAUGCCGUCCGGACCUCCCCGGUCUCCCCCGCCGUGGACUAUGAGGAGGAGCCGCUCCCCGAGCCAGAGCUGCCUUCCCCUGAGCCCCGGGGGGACCCCCAGCGCCGGGGUGGCACCUCCACCCCACCGCAGGAGCAGGAGGAGAAGGUGGCAGCCAGGGUGGAGGCUAAGCCGGAGCCGCCCCGGCCCAAGGAGCUGAAGCAGCGCCCCAGCCCCGAGCACAGGGCUGCGGGCCGGGCCGAGCCUGCUGCUGACAAGAAGACUGAGGCCAGGGCACCGGGGCGGACGGAGCCCAAGGUGGGGGCCAAGCGGGGCCCAGCCCCAGCGGCGGCAGUGGUGGCAGCACAGGAGGCGGAGGAGUGCGAAGAGGGACCUAACACAAUCGUGAUCUGCAUGGUCAUCUUAUUGAACAUUGGUCUGGCUAUCCUGUUUGUACAUUUUCUGACGUGAUGUGCCCCUCAGACAAGGCGUUGCUGCUGAUGGAGACCACGGACCUUGGCAGGGAUUAAAUCUCAGCCACCUGGAAACACCUAAGAGGAGGACUUGAGAUCCCAAGGUUGCACUGCCAACAUGAACCUUAAAUGAAAGUGCCUGAAGAUCAGUUCAGUCUCCCUGCUCCCAGGCUGCGUCUGGCCUCUGCAAUCUACCAAGGAAAAGCCAGGGUUUCUGCAAUUCAGCCUCCUUCUCUUUUUUGUAUAAAGUAGCAGUUGCCUUAAAUUGUUCUCACCAAAGCCAUCAACUGUCCUGUCAUACCAGGGAUGAGGGAUUUAUCUGUAGCUGUAGGAGAACGAGUGAGAAGGUCUCAUGUGUGCACACUGAUGUGUCUUGUAACUCCCUUGGUUGACUCGGUGCCAGAGAUUUCCCAAAGAAUAUCAUCCAUGAUGUGGAGAUGAAGCAAUACACAACCAACCAAAAUGACUCAUGAGAGCCGUGCCACGGCUAGGGCUGGACAGCAUUGCUCUCCAUGCUUGGAAGUCAUCCAAAGGGACGAACAAAGAGUCUUUUCUUUCCCUGUCGCCUGGAGUCGUCUUCCAUGUAUGGAGGACUGAGAGGGGGAGAAAGUUGAAAUUGGGCUUGUUGAAGUGUAACCGGAGUCCUGCCCAUGCCUGCCGACACGCCACGGAGGGCGGCCACGGGGUGGGGUGCGAGGGACUGGCUGAUCUGAGGCUGUUCGUGCAUGUGGGAGUGCUGCGGGUGGACAUGGUGUCCAUUUUGGCACCAGGCACCGUCCAAGUGCUCUCCUGCCACCAAGCAAUGCUCUACCCAGAAGUAUCUUGCAGUGGGAGACUUCCUGCUGUAACAGGAAAGGAAAUAGGUGUGCUGAAUUUGUCCCUUUACCCUUUUUUUCUAUGGAAAUGUUGCAAGUUACUAUGGAAAGGAGGUACUUACAGAAAAAUACCUCCAUAUGCCCACAGGUGCCCUGGGCUGCAAGGGGACUCCUGUGCUCUUUCAUUGCAACAGUAAACAGACUUUCCGGCCAGAAGAUGCAGGGUGGCUGUCGUGAGAGAGGUUAUGUUAUUGAAAAAAGGUGCAAAGACCUGUGUGACUCCAGUGUAUUUGGGUGUUAGGCUCAAAAAUGCGCAGCAGCCAGACUUUCAGCAGUGGUAGAGUACAAAGGGGCAGUUCUAGCUGUUGUUCUUGUGUGCAAGGCCUAGAGGCCUGGGCAGUUUGCACCGAUUCUUCCCAAAGCUGCAACAGAGAGUGACCUUUGGAAGGAGAUGUUUCCACCAUGAUCUGCUCUGAUCCUUAGCAGUGCAAGCUUAGAAAGUUGACACAGAUGAAGUUACAGUUUAGUGUGAGGCUGAGUGCUUGGACAUGUUUCUUCCUUCUUUUAAGAGCAAUAUGUAUUUUGUAUCCCUUUUCAAGAUAAUCAGAAAUGUUAUUUAUAGUCGGUUGUGCACCUCUGUGUAUCCUGAAGUCCCACAGCACAGGACUGGGUGGGAAAACCUGAGGGACUGGAAAGAGUGGGGAAAUGAUGGUUAAGGAAAAAAGCAGACGCCCAGUCUGCUCCAAAGGUCAAUCUGAAGGGAUUUCAGAGGCAAGAUGGCAGACAGGCAGGGGUUUACACUGACUGGAGACACAGGGCAAAACCUGUCUAAUUUAUCUGCUCUAAUUAUGGUAUAAGAGAGUGAGAUUAAUUCAGUACUUUUCUUUGCGAACCAAGUUUAUUUUUUAACAUUAUUCAGCUCAGGAAUGUUGCCACAGUAGCAAAUAUGUGGUGUUAACUGUGGGAGAAGUCAAUGUGAUCCCUUUCUAAAAGCCAUGUGGCUGUACCAAUCCUGAGAAAGAUGUGCAGCAUCAUCUACACUUCCACAGAGCAUAGUUCAGUAGCAAUUUGUUUCUUUUCUUUUUCCUUUUCUUAAGUAUAAAUGUAUUGCAAACCCCAGGCUCUGCUGCCUUUGACGUUUUAUCUCCGUUUGCUGGCAUUCGCUUGCCAGCUCUGCAAUUUCAGUAUGCCAACUGCUUUUAUUAACCACCAAGACAAUUUCCGUUGAGAGACCUGAGGGGCUUUUAUUUAUCACUAAGCACAAAAAUGGAUCUUUUUCGACAGUGAUAAUGUAAUUCCCUGCCCACUCCCCCCCAAUUUUUUAUGCAUGUGAUAUGCACUCAGUAAUGUGCUUUCCUCCUAGUAUCCUUCUAAGAAAAGUAGGUAGAUUUGCUUUUAUGUGACAUAUAAAUAUAUCCAUAUUGUGCUGAGAUAUGGAUAUAUAUACAUAUAUAUAGCCCCUUAGGGAUUUCGUUUUCUUAGAUGCAAAAUAACAGAUUUACCUCAAACUGCAUGCUUUCAAAACUGACUAGAAUAUUGUGUUAUACUUUUCAGGUCUUACAAAGAUGCAGAUACAUUUCACUCUUCACACAAAAAUACCUUCAUCACAGAUUUUGCAAGCUGUUUACUAUAAUCUGUGUACUACUGUCUGGAGUUUUCUGUCAGUUGUUCUGCUGGAUUACGUGCAAUAAUAAACAGUUAUCUGCUCACUGUA